GUUGUUUGCAAUCACAACCAAGUAAACAGAAGGAAAGAGGUGCGUGAAGACCUAGGUAAAAAUAUUAAUAUAAGCUAAAUGUUUAUUGAAUUGCUAAUAAUAAGCAAAGCAGAAAAUUGCAUGAGAAUCUAACGUUAGCUAGCUAACAAACAAGCUAGUAACUAGCUAAUUUGCUGUCUAACAGCUACUUCAUACAGUGCUACGUAACGCGUUAGCUAGCUAGUGCCAAGGGAGGCUAUUGCCAGAGGAUUAGCUAGCUGUCUUGGCCUUUUAACGUAAUUGAUCUGAGCUGCAAUAACAGUCUGCUAGGCUUGCUAGGGCUGCUCGGUCUUGCAAAUAGCUAGGAUAACUUCGAACCAGUAUCUAACGCCCAGAAAGCUCCGAUUCAAACUCCCAUUCACCACCUGUGCAAGCGUUAUAAUGUCAAAAUACGUUCGUUGAUCACGAAAUAUCGAGUUUCGCUUUGCAACUAUCGUCAUUUAGUCCCGUUACGGCCGGUAUGUACUUCCCAAAAAGGUCUAAAUACAAAAUGUACAAGCAACUGAAAAAAGCUUAUUCGGCACCUCCAACGUAAAUCACUCUUUACUGCCACGCACAGGUCAGAAGUCUACAACAGCUCAAUACAGUACAUUGGAGGUGCCGAAGAGGCAUUUUUUUCGGUUACUUGUACAUUUUUAUUUAUACCUUUUUUGGAAGUACAUACUGGGCGAUACGGGAGUAAAUGAAGAUAGUUGCUUAGCGAAACUUCAUAUAUGGAGAUCAACGAACGUAUUCUGACGCUUGCAGAACUGGUGAAUAGGAGUUAGAAUCGGAGCUUCAUGGGCGUUAGAGAGGUAUCUAACGCACAGAUACUGGUUCACGAUAACUUUAGUAAAGUGUGGUCAAGCUGGUGGGUCUUCGCAGCUCUGCGUUGGUUGUCUGGAGUCAGACCUUCAGUAGCCGUGCAUGUUUAUCAUAAUGCUUGUUCAUCAUAAUGCUUGCUCAUCAUAAUGCUCGCUAGAUAGCUAGAUAGGUACUGCUGUUCAACGCUGACUCAAUUCCUUCUUUGUGACUGCACAAUACGUCAGUGUUAGUAUCCACAAAAUAAAAAAUGGCUUGUGCUCGUUUUUAAACUUAAUUCACAUGUUUGUAUGAUAACAGGGGGAAAGAUGUCAAGCUUUCCUGCCUCCGCCUCCAAGAGUUUCAGCUCGACUCCUCUGAAGACGUACCAGGACAGCGGCAGGGAACUGCACCGAUCCAAGAGUGUGGACUAUGACUCAACCGGCGACUCCACCUACUCUCUGCUCUCCCCCAUCUACCAUGACAGCUACGAGAGUGAUGAGGACCUGGCUGCAGCUCACCACGUACAUCAGAUAGACACCUCAGCCACACAGAGUGAUGACGCCAGACCCCUCUCACCCAUCAGGUAUGGUUGGUGCACAAGAGCAGUGUUACCCAACUGGAUUCAGCAGACAGUGGAGCAACAUUUGUGUUAGCGCCACUUGCUGUUUAGUUAGGGUCCCCUCAUCAACAAGCAAUUAAAAAGGGUUGAUGAAGCUCACAUUUGAUUAGACUGUUUCAAUGGAAGUGCCACAGACUAAAUUAAAUAUAUGAAUGAAGGACACACAAAAUUAGCUCUAGUAGGCCUAACUGUAGGGGUCGUGCUCAAUGUUGUGCUCAGAGUUGAGCAUGUGUGUUUCAGAGAUGAUCCACCACAGAAGCCCCCAGAGAGGACAGCAGUAACUGAGGCGGAGGAUCCAGAGGCAUCUCUUUCUGCCUGGGAGAGGUGGCUGGUCUGCAAAGCCAAAGAGGAGAGACUCAGAAUAGAAAAGAAAGCAGAGGAGGUGCGCUGCCAUUUCUCUUUUUUGUUUCUUCUUCGGUUUGGCAACUCCUGUUUGUAUGAGUCAGAAUGUGAUCAUUUAGUUGUUGUUUUUCUAAUAUUUAUAUUUUCCCUUCUGUAAAUUAGGGUUGCAAAUGUCUCUACAUGAAGCAAUUGAGUAUGACUGUGGGACUGACAAGUGUUAUUUGAUAGGAGCGCCUACUGAGGGAGAGGAAUGAGGAACAGGAGAGAGAGCAGCAGAAGAAGAAGAUGGUAGUGGAGGAGAAGAUCCAUUUGUGGCUGCAGAUGAAGAAAGAACAGGUUUCGAACCCCCUUCUUUUGACUCUGUUAUUAACAAAGUCCCAGAGAGGAACCGUGCAGUUUGAAUGAUUUCUCAUGCGUACGGUAUCUCUGCACCUAAAGGGGUAAGUAAUGUUUGUGUGAUUGUUUGUCAUCUCCAGGAGAAGCAGGAGAAAUUGCUGAAGGAGAGCAAGGAGCAGGAGGAGAUGCAGAGGCAGCAGCAGAAGCAGAGGGAGAUUGAACAGAAAGCAGAGGAGAAAUACAGAGAGUGGCUACGGAGGAAGAAUCUGGAGAAAAUGGAGAGAGGGAGGAGAGCGAAGGUAGGUUCUUUAACAGUAGGCUUGUGGAAUUAUUCCGAGAUUUAUUCAGGACAGUAAACAAAUUAAAAUCUCUGAAAUGUUUUGUUGCUUUUCUCUCUACAUUAGAGUGCAGUUGGAAGAGAUCGACAUACUAGCCAUUUGCUAAAUAUUCCUGUGCACUCUCUCUUCUCUUAUUGCUAACUAAUCAGCAACAACACACAACUAAACCAUGUAAUUGAAUUAUACAGCAGUUUGUUACUCUGAAUAGAAGUUCAUGUGAGCAAGUUCAUGUGGCAAAUUCCUGUAAAUGUCAAUUUGAACAUGAGUUUCAAUGUUUCUGACAAUGACGGCUUUGGUUUAGCUGGAAACUAGUUGUGAGGUGUUCAGGUGCUGAGGGCAAUUGUGUUGUAACAGGAGGAGGCAGCCAGCAGAGAGGCUCAGGAGAGGGAGCGCAGACAGAGAGCAGAGGAUAACUUUAAGGAAUGGCUUCGUGCCCAGGACAAGAGCCGACCCAGUCCCAAUGCAACCGGCUGCCCACAAGGUAACAUAACGGUCUUCACCUUGUUGUUUAAUCUCAUAUUCACCUUCUGGAAAAUGGCAAUAAAAAAAUUAAACAAUACUAUUUUUUAUUGUCACACACAUGUAGUUGUACAGUCGUGCAUGUAUAUUUAAAGCAAGUUUUGAUAUUAUAAAGUCAUUGUAUUUUGUUUCUUUUCCCAGGUGGCUAUGACAAUGUAACGUACCCAUCUCCCAGCUUCUACAACCCAAUCCCAUGGAAGCCCAUCCACGUUCCGCCACCAGAGAAACCACCAGUGAAGAAGACUUCCCGCAGGAAACAGCCGAGUCAGCCCAAGUACCAGAACAGCCCCAGCAUCCCAUUCAGACUCCGAGACACUGUAAGCUCAGCAGCUCGCCUGCAGAGGAGAUGACCGCUCCAGUAGAGGUUCACCUUGGACACAGAUCUAGGUUCAGAUCUACAGUACUAUCCUCAGAUCUAACCUCGGGGGAAACCACAAAACUGACCUUAGAUCAGUGUUUAGGAGCUUCAAGGUACU